AUGAAGUCUCCAACCUUGAUUCUCCUUCAAGCAGGAGCUCUUCUCCUUCAAGUUCCUUCAGUCGACGCCAUAGCCUAUACCAAUGUCUCCGAGAUACCGCUUUGCGGCCAAUCUCCGCCCGUCUACCCAACUCCCCAAGGCACAGGCGGUCCUUCCUCUGCCUGGCGAAACUCCUAUGCCUCUGCCCUCGCCCUAGUCAAUCAACUCACCCUCGAGGAGAAAGUCAACCUCACCCGCGGCCAUGUAGGAACCUGCGUUGGCAACACACCUGCCGUUCCUCGACUCGGGAUCCGCUCGCUCUGCUUCUCCGAUGCUCCAUCCGGUAUUCGCGGGCAGGAAUUUGUCUCCUCGUUUCCAGCUCAACUGACCGUUGGAGCCACCUUUGACAAAGAACUGAUGCUCGCUUAUGGCGAAGCGCUCGGAGAAGAGUAUCACGGCAAAGGUAUCAACAUUGCCCUGCUUCCUGUCGCUGGUCCGCUCGGGCGUACUGCUCGCGGUGGCCGCAAUUGGGAAGGGUUCGGUGCGGAUCACUAUCUCAGCGGUGUGGGAAUGGGUCUGGUCACGCGAGGCCUGCAGAGUAAAGGUGUCAUUGCGCAGAUGAAACAUUGGUUGCUGAAUGAACAGGAGUGGAGGAGGUUGCCGAGGGAGGAUCUCGGAGAAAGUGUGUCGACCAAUGCUGACGACCGCACGAUAUGGGAGGGAUAUGUCUGGCCUUUCAUGGAUGCCUUGAGAGAAGGAUGUGGAAGUGCGAUGUGUUCCUACCAGAGGAUCAACAACAGCUACGGCUGCCAGAACAGCAAACUCCUCAAUGGUAUCCUGAAAACAGACCUUGGCUUCCAAGGCUUCGUCACCUCGGACUGGAACGCCCAACACGCAGGGGUUGCCUCCGCCAACGCCGGUCUCGAUCUCGUCAUGCCCGACGGCGGCUACUGGGGCGACAACCUCACCGAAGCCGUGACCAACGGCUCCGUGUCCAGCACCCGACUCGACGACAUGGUCACCCGUAUCCUCGCAACUUGGUACCACUUCAACCAAGACGACGUCGCCGCAUUUCCUGACCCCUCCGUCUUCAACUACGACACGCAGCAUCCCAUCGUUGACGUUCGUGGGGACCACGCUGCUGUCAUCCGAGAGAUCGCUGCAGCCGGAACAGUGCUGGUCAAAAACGUCGAUAAAGCGCUGCCACUGAAAGCUCCUCGUUUCCUGAACAUUUACGGCUACGACGCCACCAUUCCCACCGCUCCCUGGAACACUUCCGCCCGUUUCGGUGGUGGCUACGACGUCAACUUCGGCUGGAACACUUUCGACGGAACGCUCAUCACAGCAGGUGGAAGUGGGUCCAAUACGCCGUCCGGUCUUGUAUCGCCCUUCGAAGCGAUUCAGCGGAGAGUUCAAGCAGAUCGUGGAACGACCAGGUGGGACUUUGUCAAUGUCCAGCCAACGGUGUAUGCUUCCGCCGACGCGAGCAUUGUGUUCAUCAAUGCGUAUGCCUCGGAGUCCUUCGAUCGCACCACCCUCGCGGACGAGUGGUCGGAUCAAUUGGUCAACAAUGUGGCUGCCAAGCACAACAAUACCAUCGUCGUGAUACACUCGGCUGGAAUCCGACUAGUCGACCGCUGGAUCGAACACCCGAACGUCACGGCCGUGGUAUUCGCUUUACUUCCUGGUGAGCAGAGCGGAAACUCAAUCGUAGAUGUAUUGUACGGCGACGUUGUGCCGAGUGGUCGUCUACCCUUCACUGUGGCGAAGAAGGAGGAAGAUUAUGGAAACCUGCUCAACUCGUCUGGCACUGCACUUCCGGACCCGUUCCCGCAGAUCGAUUUUACGGAGGGACUGCAUGUUGAUUACAAGUAUUUUGAUCAGCAGAAUUUGGACGUCAGGUUUGAGUUCGGGUAUGGGCUGAGUUAUACCGAAUUCGAAUAUGGAUCCACGGUGGAAGUAGUGGCUGUCGGCGAUGGACCGAAAGAUGAAUAUCCCGCCCAUCUCGCACCGGAAGACAUCCCUCAAGGUGGCAGUCCAAAGUUGUGGGAAGUGGUCUACAACGUCACGUUCUCGAUCAAGAACAUCGGAGACGUGGAAGCGGCUGAAGUCCCUCAGCUAUACCUCGCCGUGCCGAAUGCUCCCAAGUGGCAGCUCAGAGGCUUCGAGAAGACGUUCUUGAGGUGUGGCGAGGAGAAGCAGGUGACGCUGGGCUUGACGAGGAGGGAUUUGAGUAUUUGGGAUGUGGUGGCGCAGAAUUGGAGGAUGCAGAAGGGGACGUAUGGGCUGUUUGUUGGUGCGAGUUCGAGAGACAAGAGGAUUGAGGGGCAUUUGGUGGUAGAGUAA